CUAAAGUCUGUGUGUGUGAGUCUGGGAUAUGUAGUUUCUUACGCUGCGUCAGCGGAAGUGUUUUGAGCGGACGAGAGGUCACAUUGGGUUAGUUUUGUAAUGUUAUGAGAAUCAGCACUACAAUGGAGGAAAUUAAAGCAGAUGAGAUCCAUCUGAGACAUGUGGAGACAGAUGUCCUUAUCCCCAAAAUGAUGAGGGAGAAAGCCAAGGAGAUCUGUGUCGAAAAAGUUGAAGCCUUCAACCACUGCUGCAAAGACUCGGGGUUCCUCAUGGUGAUAAAGUGUCGAGAGCAGAACGCAGCACUGAAGGAAUGUCUGACGAUACACUACAAGGACCCUGCGUUCUUCGAGCAGUGUAAGCAGGAGUACAUCAAAGAGAAAAUUGAGUUUUUGACGACAGGGGUCGCAACGAAGAACAGGAAACAAAAACUCCCAACUAGCAUGUAGCUAAUAACAUGAUAGCCUCCCCCCUUUUGAAGGUGCAGAUUGUGACUCUGGUCAGAACCAGCUCCAUGUCCCCCACGGCCAGGUUACAUGCUCAUCUUUAAAGCAUAGCCUGUGCCUUUAUUCAAAUAUGUGGAGUGACUGAAAUCAGUUUGGUGUGCAAGGAAUAUAUCUAAUUAAUGGCUUAUUUUUUUUCUGUAUAUUUGCAAGAUGUUUUCUGUCAGAUUGCCGGAAUGAUCUCCCUCACUUGAUUAAAUCAGCAGCUUUAACAUUAUUGAAUUGAAUAUACAGAUCUGAUCAUACAGUCUCCUCCUGUAUCUACUGUUGUGUUGCCUUUGCUCUGCCUUACAGCUUGGUACAAAUCUGAAGUGUAAAACAUCCUUUGUCAUCAAAAAGGGUUGGUUUCCAAUUAAAGAGUCUUGUACAGCGUAUGUAAGAAACAGAGCAUUGUAACAUGUAUGAUCAUUUUGAAAUGGGCAAUGAUAAAUGACAUUGUAAAUAAAGAUAUUCAGCUGCACUAAAGUGUGUAUCGAUGGUAAAUGACACACACAUCUAGCAUCCUUUGUUUAUUUGAGUUAUUGUCUGUACAACAUAGACGUUUGGACGUUCUUGACACUGUUGGGAAAAUUAAAUGUCCAAGCAUUUGCUGAUUAAAUUGGUUCUUAUCUCUAAUAACAUUU